AUGUCCACAGGUGAAUACAAUUUGCCUUUGAGCAACAUGGAGCUCUGCAAGUCGGUGCCUUUACCUGUUGGAAAUACGCCAACAACGAUGGCGGAAUUCAAAGCCAACGUCGAAGAAGAGCCCCUUCAGAAGGAAAAUCCGUACCGGUAUGUCAUGUUCCCGAUUCAGUACCAUGACAUCUGGCGAAAGUACAAGGAGCAGGAGAGCUGUAUUUGGACGGUGGAAGAGAUCGACCUGGGCAGCGAUAUGGUGGACUGGGUGAAGCUGAACGAUGGGGAGCGACAUUUCAUCAAGCACGUGCUUGCGUUCUUCGCGGGAAGCGACGGCAUCGUCAUCGAGAACCUCGCGCAGCGCUUCAUGACGGACGUGAAAAUACCAGAGGCGCGUGCGUUCUACGGGUUUCAGCUGAUGAUGGAGAAUAUUCACUCAGAGACGUACUCGGUGCUGCUGGACACGUACAUUAUGGAUCAGGAUGAGAAGUUACGUUUGCUGCACGCGAUUCAGACGAUUCCGUGUAUCCAAAAUAAGGCCGAGUGGGCUGUACGAUGGAUUGGGAGCGAGAGCAGUUUCCAGGAGCGCCUGAUCGCGUUUGCAGCUGUGGAGGGUAUCUUCUUUUCAGGGUCAUUUUGUGCACUGUUCUGGCUCAAAAAGCGCGGCGUGAUGCCUGGGCUAACCUUCAGCAACGAACUGAUCUCGCGCGAUGAGGGGUUGCACACGGACUUUGCGUGUUUGUUGUACUCUCACCACAUCAAGAACAAACUACCUCGGUCGCGUGUGCUGGAGAUCAUCACGAAUGCGGUGGACAUCGAGCACGAGUUUAUUUGCGAUGCGUUGCCUGUACGUUUGAUUGGGAUGAACUCCGAGUUGAUGGGACAGUACAUCGAGUUUGUUGCGGACCGUCUUCUCAUUGCGCUUGGUGAAGAAAAGCAUUACAACGCUACAAAUCCGUUCGACUUCAUGGAGAUGAUCUCGCUUCAAGGAAAGACUAACUUCUUCGAGAAGAGGGUUGGCGAGUAUCAGAAAGCUGGUGUGAUGAGCACGGAGGGGACCGUGAAGAAGUUCUCGCUUGACGAGGACUUCUAG